GCUGUUUCUAUGAAAGGAGCACCUGUGCGAAAUUGCUGGGGAUUCAUUGACGGUACAGCACGAGCAAUAUGUCGACCAUCUGUGAAUCAACAAGAGUAUUAUUCUGGUCAUAAACGGCAACAUUGUCUCAAAUAUCAAUCUGUACUAUGUCCAGAUGGUAUAGUAGUUAGUCUUCAUGGACCCUAUUCUGGUAGACGACAUGACGCAGGUAUAUUUAGAGACUCGCUUUUGUAUCCUCAAUUACAAAGGUGUGUAUCAUUUCCAGAUACUAAUUUUGUAUUUUACGGAGAUUCUGCUUAUCCUAUGCACGAACUAUUAUUUAGACCAUAUACGAGUAGAGUAUUGUUGUGCCGCUCCAUGGCACGGUUCGGGAUCCACGAAGGACUCGGGAGUG